UUUAAAUGAAGAAGUCAAAAACGUGAGAACCCAAGCCUUGAAAAGUGAUUCACCUAUUCCUAAGUCUAAUUCCCAAAAUACUGUAAUGCAGAUGGGUCCUAAAAUAAGAAACAGUUCGAUCAAAGUUACCAAAAAGAUUAAGAAACAUUUUAAAUGCUGGUCGGGUUCUAAAGAUGAGGAUACUAGCAAGCUGGAUAAUCUUAAACAGGAGCUAGACAUGGAUGAACAUAUCAUUCCACUGCAAGAAUUAUAUGAUAGAUACGGUGUUGAUCCGAUAAAAGGUUAUUCAACCACGAAAGCCGCUGAAAUAUACGCCAGAGAUGGGCCCAAUGCCCUUACCCCUCCGCAAAAAACUCCCGAAUGGGUCAAAUUUUGCCGACAAUUAUUUGGGGGAUUUUCCAUACUUCUUUGGAGCGGUGCUAUCUUAUGUUUCAUAGCUUACGGCAUUCAAGCUGCAACCUAUAGGAAUUUUUCCAAAGAUAACCUAUACUUGGGUGUUGUUUUAACGAUUGUCGUUAUCAUAACGGGUUGCUUUUCGUAUUACCAAGAAGCGAAAAGUUCUAAGAUUAUGGAAUCUUUCGGGAAAAUGAUACCUCAACAAGCAGUUGUGAUUAGGGAUGGAAAAAAAAUUGAUAUAAAGGCCGAAGAUGUUGUGUUAGGAGACAUUGUCGAAACUAAAUUUGGAGAUAGAAUACCGGCCGAUAUUCGGAUCAUCAAAUCUAACGGGUUUAAGGUUGAUAAUUCCUCAUUAACUGGCGAAUCCGAGCCGCAAUCAAGAAGUCCCGAAAAUAAUAACAAAAACCCUUUAGAAACAAGAAAUUUGGCCUUUUUUUCAACUAACGCCGUUGAAGGAACAGCCACCGGCAUAGUUAUAGGCACAGGUGAUCGAACCGUUAUGGGUCGAAUUGCUAACUUGGCUUCAGGAAUCGACAUGGGAGAAACUCCGAUUCACAAAGAAAUCAACCAUUUCAUCCAUAUUAUUACCGCAGUGGCAAUAUUUUUGGGAAUCACUUUCUUUAUAAUGGCCUUAAUUUUACAUUACACUUGGCUCGAUGCCGUUAUUUUUCUGAUUGGAAUCAUUGUGGCUAACGUACCGGAGGGUCUUCUGGCGACUGUUACGGUUUGUCUAACACUUACCGCGAAAAGAAUGGCUUCUAAAAAUUGCCUGGUUAAAAAUCUUGAAGCUGUAGAAACAUUAGGUUCCACUUCCACGAUUUGUUCAGAUAAAACUGGUACGCUAACCCAAAAUAGGAUGACAGUAGCACAUAUGUGGUUCGAUAACAAGAUAUGGGAAGCCGACACCACGGAAGAUCAAUCAUCUUCCUCGUUACACAAAGAUCAACCAACAUGGUUAGCUCUAUCAAGAAUAGCUUCUUUAUGCAAUAGAGCUAGCUUCAAACCUGCUCAGGAAGAAAUACCCGUUUUAGCUAGGGAGUGCAUAGGUGAUGCUUCUGAAUCCGCUCUGUUAAAAUGCGUUGAAUUGUCAUUUGGAAAUGUUGAAUUGACUAGGGCCAAGAAUCUGAAAGUGAUCGAAAUUCCUUUUAAUUCUACCAAUAAAUACCAAGUAUCAAUUCACGAAAUCGAAAAUGAAUCUAGAUACUUGCUUGUAAUGAAAGGAGCUCCUGAGAGAAUAUUCGAACGAUGUUCCACCAUUUUGAUUCAUGGAGAAGAAAUACCAAUAGACGAGACCGAAAAAGAGGCAUUUAACCAAGCUUACUUGGAACUGGGUGGGCUGGGAGAGAGGGUUUUGGGAUUUUGCGAUCAUUUUCUUCCGGCUGACGCAUUUCCAAGAGAUUUUAAAUUCGAUUCGGAGGAAGUUAAUUUCCCUCUAGACAAUCUAAGGUUUGUAGGUCUCAUAGCAAUGAUAGAUCCACCUAGAGCAGCAGUUCCAGAUGCAGUUGCUAAAUGUCGGAGUGCUGGCAUCAAGGUUGUUAUGGUUACCGGUGACCAUCCUAUAACAGCAAAAGCUAUAGCAAAGUGUGUGGGUAUCAUUUCCGAAAAUAGCGAGACGGUUGAAGAUAUAUCCACCAGAUUGAAUAUUCCAAUAAAAGCGGUUAAUCCCAGAGAUGCUAAGGCCUGCGUAAUCCAUGGAGCAGAACUCAAGGAGAUGUCUUCAGAAAAACUAGACGCAGUUUUGAGGGACCAUCCUGAAAUAGUAUUCGCUCGGACAUCCCCUCAACAAAAACUUAUAAUAGUCGAGGGCUUUCAAAGGCAAGGCGCUAUAGUAGCAGUUACGGGAGACGGAGUUAAUGAUUCUCCGGCUCUUAAACAGGCAGAUAUCGGCGUAGCUAUGGGUAUUUCUGGAAGUGAUGUUAGUAAACAAGCAGCCGAUAUGAUAUUAUUAGACGAUAAUUUUGCCUCUAUAGUAACUGGAGUUGAAGAAGGUCGUUUGAUAUUUGACAAUUUAAAGAAGUCAAUUGCUUACACCUUGACUAGUAACAUACCGGAAUUAAUGCCUUUUUUGAUUUUUAUAUUGGCUAACAUUCCAUUACCACUUGGAACUAUAACUAUAUUGUGUAUCGAUUUAGGAACCGAUAUGGUACCAGCCAUUUCUUUGGCUUACGAAAAAGCCGAAAGCGAUAUAAUGAAACGGAGACCUAGAAACCCGAAAUAUGAUAAAUUAGUCAACGAUAGAUUGAUAAGUUUGUCAUAUGGACAAAUAGGCAUGGUCCAGGCUGCAGCAGGCUUUUUUGUCUAUAUCAUUAUAAUGGCCGAAAACGGAUUUUUACCCAGGAGUUUAAUAGGACUUAGGAUGGGUUGGGAUUCUGAAAACGUUAAUGAUUUGCGAGACUCUUACGGGCAAGAAUGGACAUACGAGGACAGAAAGAUAUUGGAGUACACCUGUCACACUGCCUUUUUCGUUUCUAUAGUUGUAGUUCAAUGGGCUGACUUGAUCAUCUGUAAAACUAGAAAGAAUUCUAUCUUUAAGCAAGGAAUGACAAAUUGGGUCUUAAAUUUUGCCCUCGUAUUUGAAACUGCCAUAGCCGUCGCAUUGUGUUAUAUACCUGGAAUGAAUAGAGGAUUAAGGAUGUAUCCUAUCAAAUUUUUAUGGUGGUUACCUGCUACACCUUUUGCAAUAUUGAUAUUCGCUUAUGAUGAAAUAAGAAAAUACAUCAUCAGACAUCACCCAGGUGGAUGGGUCGAAAGAGAAACAUAUUACUAACAACAUAUAUCAUUACUUGUGAAAAAAAUUAUAGAUUAUAGUGUACAGGUCAAAUCUUAAUUGAGCUAUUUAACUUUUUUUGGUUCAAAAAGAUUCU